UGGACCCUGCGCGGCGCUCGCCGGGGCUUCCCCGGGCUGGAGAGCGCGCCUGAGUGCCGUUGCCCGCCGGGCAUGGGGAGCCGCUUCCUGCGCGGCUGCGACAGCGGAGGAGGAUGCUGUCCGCGAGCGGAGCGCUCGGAAGGAGUGAAUGAGAUGUGCAGCUCGGAGCGUUGUUUCUGAAGGGAGGAGUCGUUGUCUUGAAGAGGAGUCCUCCAUGAGCCUGGCCGAGGCCCGGGAUCUGUGUGAAGUGGACUAAGGAUUUAGUAGGAUGUCAACUGAGACAGAACUUCAAGUAGCUGUGAAAACCAGCGCCAAGAAAGACUCCAGAAAGAAAGGUCAGGAUCGCAGUGAAGCCACUUUGAUUAAGAGAUUUAAAGGUGAAGGGGUCCGGUACAAGGCCAAGCUGAUCGGGAUUGAUGAGGUUUCUGCGGCUCGGGGAGACAAGUUAUGUCAAGAUUCCAUGAUGAAACUCAAGGGCGUUGUUGCUGGCGCGCGUUCCAAAGGAGAACACAAACAGAAAAUCUUUUUAACCAUCUCCUUUGGAGGUAUCAAAAUCUUUGACGAGAAGACAGGGGCCCUUCAGCAUCAUCAUGCUGUUCAUGAAAUUUCCUACAUCGCAAAGGACAUCACAGAUCACCGGGCCUUUGGAUACGUCUGCGGGAAGGAAGGGAAUCACAGAUUUGUUGCCAUAAAAACAGCCCAGGCGGCUGAACCUGUUAUUCUGGACUUGAGAGAUCUCUUUCAACUUAUUUAUGAAUUGAAGCAAAGAGAAGAGUUGGAAAAAAAGGCACAAAAGGAUAAGCAGUGCGAACAAGCUGUGUAUCAGACAAUUUUGGAAGAGGAUGUUGAAGAUCCUGUGUACCAGUACAUUGUGUUUGAGGCUGGACACGAGCCAAUCCGUGAUCCUGAAACGGAAGAAAACAUUUAUCAGGUUCCCACCAGCCAAAAGAAGGAAGGUGUUUAUGAUGUGCCAAAAAGUCAACCUGUAAGUAAUGGUCACCCGUUUGAGGAUUUUGAAGAACGGUUUGCCGCCGCCAGCCCGAACAGAAACCUGCCGAUGGACUCUGAUGAGAUUUUGGAGGCAACAAAGGCUGUGACCCAAUUAGAACUUUUUGGGGACAUGUCCACCCCUCCUGAUAUAACCUCUCCCCCCACUCCUGCAACUCCAGGUGAUGCCUUUAUCCCGUCUUCAUCGCAGACACUCCCGGCGAGUGCAGACAUGUUUAGUUCUGUACCUUUCGGCACUGCUGCUGUACCCUCAGGUUAUGUUGCAAUGGGCGCCGUCCUCCCAUCCUUCUGGGGCCAGCAGCCCCUCGUCCAACAGCAGAUCGCCAUGGGUGCUCAGCCACCAGUCGCUCAGGUGAUGCCGGGGGCUCAGCCCAUCGCAUGGGGCCAGCCGGGUCUCUUCCCUGCCACUCAGCAGCCCUGGCCAACUGUGGCCGGGCAGUUUCCGCCAGCCGCCUUCAUGCCCACACAAACUGUUAUGCCUUUGCCAGCCGCCAUGUUCCAAGGUCCCCUCACCCCCCUUGCAACCGUCCCAACCACGGGUGACUCCACCAGGUCAAGUCCACAGACCGAGAAGCCCAGACAGAAAAUGGGGAAGGAAAUGUUUAAGGAUUUCCAGAUGGCCCAGCCUCCACCCGUGCCCUCCCGCAAACCCGACCAACCCUCCCUCACCUGUACCUCAGAGGCCUUCUCCAGUUACUUCAACAAAGUCGGGGUGGCACAGGAUACAGAUGACUGUGAUGACUUUGACAUCUCCCAGUUGAAUUUGACCCCUGUGACUUCUACCACGCCAUCAACCAAUUCACCUCCAAGCCCAGCCCCUCGACAGAGUUCUCCGUCCAAAUCAUCUGCGUCCCAUGCCAGCGAUCCCACCACGGAUGACAUCUUCGAAGAGGGCUUUGAAAGUCCCAGCAAGAGCGAAGGGCAAGAAGCUCCUGAUGGAUCACAGGCCUCAUCCAACAGUGAUCCAUUUGGGGAGCCCAGUGGGGAGCCCAGUGGUGAUAAUAUAAGUCCGCAGGCCGGUAGCUAGAUAGCACAGGUCUGGGAGCUGGAGCCUCUCUAUGCGCAGAUCAACAGACCUAAGAAGUAGCAUCGAGGUGAGCUCACGGCCGGUGCUUCAAGACUGGCAUGGACAUCAGCAUCACGACAGGCUCUCUUGUACUCUUCCACCUCACCUCAUCUCACGACGAAAUUCAUGAUUGCCCAAUGGGACUCAUUUGGAAGAGGGAACUAAGAGUUUUUGGCAACCAAUGGCAGAUAACUAUGGCAGCACACACACACACACACACACACAAAAUCAGAAAAGUAUAAAAAAAUUAUACCCAACAUUCGAUCGCAAAUCAAGCAAAUCACGCUUAGCCGACAAAUAUUCUGAGCUCUUUUAGUGUGGGUUUAAGUUGACCCAGUACGCGAAAUCAUAAUUCUCUUUUUAUUUCUUGACCUGUUGACCACUGUAAAGACAUCAAGUGUGGAGUGACAGGCCUCAGAGAGUGACAACAGGGUUGGCACUGACUUCUUUUAGACAAAAGCAAGAGGUCCUCCGUGACUACAGUCUCCUCAUCCAUAUGCCUUUCGACAUAUGACGAUGUCUUUUCAUCACUCCACAGGGCCUGGUCUGCCAUUUUUCCCCCUCUCCUUUGUCAUGUUUGAAAAUUAAUGGGUGUAAAAAUUUUUGUAUUGCUUUUGACUUUUUUUAGUUAUGGUGAGGAAAUCUAACUGGAAAAGAAAAGCCUCAUAUGAAAUGAAUUUACUUGAAAAUCACAAGACAGAUAAGUGGUUAUUUAUGAUCAAGAAUGUUGCCAAAACAACCCUUUAGCUAUUCUGCAUCCUGGCGAAGAGAGACAGCUUUCGGUUGGAACCUUCAUUCUGUGAGUAGGAAAGGACAUUGGAUCCCAUUGAUGAGAAGGAUGGAAAAUGCAUCUGAUUUUCUCAGAAGCUCAAACUCUAAGUACCAUAAAAUGAUAUUUUUUAUUUUUCCGAUAUCUUGCUGCUGUGAUGCUAUGCAGACAAGUGUCUUCUUCACGUGCCAUUUUCAAAGAAAAGUCAUUUGCCAAAUAAUUCUGGUACAAUCCUGGUAAUGUGGUUUUGGAUCUUAAAACCGACCUUCUAAUGGAACGAUGGUGACAUGAAUAUUCAGAAUAACAAACUGAUUCCGGGAUCACAAUGGUUCAUCUCUAUCUCUUUUUGUACAUCAGAAAAUUCAAAUGGGAUUUUUAUUUUAUAACUUGAAAGAAAAAAAAAAAACCUUACCAUUAAACUCUUUAAAUAUUUA